GCCCGUGUUAGUGAAGUCAUGAUGGCAGCUGCAGUGCUUCGGUCGAGUUUGGGGAGGUCGUGUUUCGUCCACCCGCAAAUUUCGGGGUUCAGAGCGAAGAGCGGAGGGGUGUCCGGGUUUUUUAAGGGGCUCAGACCCCAGAAAGAAGCUACAAAGACCCCCGACAGCACCGUGCAGGAGGAGCCCAGCACCCUGCCUGGGAGCCAGCCCCCUGCAGCACAGCCACAGCGCCCCCUGCUGAAACCUCCAGGCAAAGCCAGGCAGUACAGCCCCCCACAGGACCUGAUCCAGUGCAUCCAGGGGCUGGUCCUUCAAACCUACGGUGAGGCGGGGCCCGGGGAGUGGGCGGAGCUCCCGCUGGGGCGGGGCCAGGAGCGGUACCACCUCCUCAAGGCCACAGCGGAGAAGCUGGGCCGGGCGGUACCGAACUCGCAGCUCCACUGCAUGGUCAAGGUCCGGGAUGUGGUGGAGUUCUACAGUGCCCCUUACAAGAGAGAGGGCUCCCGGUUCGAGGACCUGAGCGACGUCAGGGACCUGCUGCCCCCAAAUCUGAAGAUUCGCUGGGGUUACGAGGGGGGGAGAUGAGGGGAAUAAAAUAUAUGUUUCUGAGCGACA